AUGCCUGCUGGUCGAAAGAGUCAUGUGAUUUGGCGGUAUGUGGAAGCGAUGCAGGCAGAAGAUGACACAUAUUAUCUCAAAGCUCGACUUGCAGAUAUAAUGCUAGAUUUGGAGUACGUCAAGAAAGUCAACAGACAGAAAAAGCCGGGCAUUCUAGCCAGACAGCGAAACUCCGAGCCAUGA